AUGCUCGCCUUUUUAGGAAUGGGGCUCAGCAACCGGAAUAUCCCUCUCCCGGGGGCUGCAGAAAGCGAUCUCUGGUGGUCCCCCACGCCGCAGCCCCUUCCCCACGCCGAUGGCCACGUGCGCCGGAGAUCCGGCUCGAAAUUGGCAGCCACGCCGCGGCUCCGCUGCCCCUGCCAUGCUAUGCCCAAGUUUGCCGCUUCUUCUGCACGGUAUAGAAAGAAAGCAGGGGCGGGGAUGCAGCCACUCCAGGCGCGCCAUGCUAAUUUCCCAUGUGACGAGCCUCCCCGGCCGCCCUUCCCCGUUCCUCAGUCCUUAUAUGGGCAGUGA